GUGUCCCUCGUCCAUCAAUGAUGAAGUGACUUCAAUUUCUGCACAGACCACACUGUCCAGAAGACCUAAAAGCUUUAGAAUAACUGUUUCCUUUCAUUGUAUUGCCCUUUCCCGUUUGUGGGAGAAGAGCCAUGAAGAACCGUUCCUCAUCUCCCCCUUUGCACGUCCAUGUGGAUGAAAACACCCCUGUCCAUGUCCAUAUUAAAAAGGGUCAGAAAACCACACCUGCAAAAUGCCAGCAAAAGCACAAACAGAAAAUGAAAGGGGAUACCGUGAACAUGUGUCGAGCUGUCCGGGUGAAAACUAAGGCCCCCUGGAUGCCCCCAGGCAAAACAUCUGUCCGGGAGUCCGCCUGCAAAUGGGAGGGACCAACUCACCGCCUAGAAAUUACACCUCCAGAUUCAGAAAAAAUGCUAUCAGCAUUGCGCCUGAGUGACCUCUCUACAGAUGAGGAGGAUGCUGUUUACUGCAAAAUGAACGAAUAUGAAAAGAAGAUAGAUAGCCUGAUGAAUGUGGUGGGAACGCUGAAGAAUGAGGCCAAGCUGCAGAAAAAGGAGGAACAGCAGCAAAUGACAAAGCGUCUCCUUGAGGAGCAGAAAGAAGAACUGAAUGAGGUCACGCAAGAGCUGGUAGAAACAGAACAUGAGAAUACACUGCUCAGGCGCAAUAUUGAGCGCAUAAAGGAAGAGAAAGAUCUGACUGUGCUACAGAAAAAGUACUUGCAGCAUCAGAGUGAGGCAGAAAGGGAUGGAGCAGCAGCAGCCAGGCAGAUCCAUGCCCUGAAAAAUACAAUUGGGAGACUCAACAUUGAGAAACACAUGAGCAGCUCAGAUGUUAACACACUGACAAGACAAAAAGAGCUUCUGCUCCAGAAAUUGAGCACCUUUGAAGAAACCAACCGGACACUACGAGAACUUCUCAGAGAGCAGCAUAACCGGGAGAAGGACGCUCAGAAGAUACUGGAGCGGCAAGGAGCACUGCUGAAAAGGCUGGCUGACUCAGAUGCAGAGAAAAUGCAACUUCAGAUGAGGCUUCAGGAGAAAGAAGAAGAAGUGGACAAUCUUACUGUUCAGAUACAGGCAGAAAAGGACCAGGCAAAGACAGCGUGCGAACUUUCCAAAUCUAUGGAGGCUGUGAGAGGCCAUUUACAAGCACAGCUGCGAAAUAAAGAAGCUGAGAACAACCGCCUGAGCAUACAGAUACGGAAUCUGGAGCGUAGUGAAGCUCAGCAUAAGGCAGAGGUGGAACACAUCAUGGAACAAUUGAAAGAACUAAAGCAGAAGGCAGACCGUGAUAAAGAAGCCCUGAAGAAAGCCAUCCGUGCACAGAAAGAGCGGGCAGAGCGGAGUGAAGAGUAUGCAGAGCAAUUGACUGCCCAGCUAGCAGAAAAGGACAGCUAUGUUGCUGAGGCGCUGUCUACUCUGGAGUCCUGGAGGAGUCGCUACAACAAAGUCGUAAAGGACAAGAGCGACCUCGAACUGGAAAUUGUUACGCUGAACAGCCGUGUUGCAGACUUGCUGGAACAGCAGACAACCCUGGAGGACAAGAUGCGGGAGGACAGAGAAGCUUUGGUGGAUAAAUUGCAUCGACAGACUACAGAGGUCACUUCUUUCAAAAUGGAGAAUGAAAGGCUAAAGGCUAGCGUGGUCCCAAUGGAGGAAAAGCUGAACCAAACGCAGAUGGAAGUGCAGCAGCUGAGGAGCUCUGUCAGGAACUAUGAAGGGCUGAUUGAAACCUACAAGUCACAGGUGUUGAAGACCCGAAUGGAAGCAGAUGAUGUGGCAGCAAAACUGGAGAAGUGUGAUAAAGAGAACAAGAUGCUAAAGGAUGAAAUGAACAAGGAGAUUGAACUGGCACGUAAGCAGUUCCAGAGCCAGCUUGCUGAACUGGAAAAGCUGCCCGAGAUCCUAAAGAUCACAGAGACACAGCUAGCAGAAUGUCAGGACCAGCUUCAGAGUUAUGAGAAGAAGAACGUGGACCUGUCUGUCAUGAUUGCAGAUCUUCGUCAGCGGAUUGAGCUCCAGGGGGACAAAAUGGAGAUGACAAGAGAGAGGUAUCAGUCGGCCCAGGAGGAGAAAAAGCAGCUCACCUUGAAGGUGGAGGAGCUAGAAAGAAAACUAGAGACAACGAGUGCCCAGAACAUAGAAUUCCUUCAGGUCAUAGCAAAACGCGAGGAGUCAAUCCACCAGUGUCAGCUGCGGUUAGAGGAGAAGACCCGUGAAUGUAGCUCCUUGGCACGUCAGCUGGAGAUGGCCAUUGAGGAUGCCAAAAGACAAGUGGAACAAACUCGAGAACGAGCGACAUCUAGAGAGAGGGCAGCCCAGUCCAAGGUGUUGGAUUUGGAGACCCAGCUGAGUAGGAAUAAAUCAGAGCUAAACCAAUUGCGUCGGAGCAAAGACGAUGCCGAGCGCCGGUAUGAAAGCCGCCUGCAGGAUCUAAAGGAUCGUUUGGAGCAGUCGGAGAGCACCAACCGCAGCAUGCAAAACUACGUCCAGUUCCUCAAGUCUUCCUAUGCCAACGUUUUUGGAGAAAGUGCCUUGCUGGGCUCCCCCAGCCGCUCUCGUUCUUCUCCAUGAGGAGAAUGCUCUCCCUGCACCUCUGCUUCUAAGCACAAAAGCAGCCCUAUUUCAAAGCCAUAUGUUACUUAGGAAAUAGGUUGGCAUUUCAGGGUCACUAUCAGGAGACGUUUUCCUCUUUUCCUUGCAGCAUGAGACGAUAAAAUGAUGGUGGUGCAUGUCCUAAGUGUAGGGUAUCAGCAGUACCGGUUUGGUGUUGGAGGCUGGCGUUACACCAUAAACUGUGCCCCAAACCCAGAUGGUUUUGCAUAUGAUGGAUAAGGUCCUUCUCAUCCUCUAAGGUCCUGAUGGUUUCAGCUCUUAAAACCUGUCAGCGGUUUGUUGAGCAUGUUAAUGUUUAUAAGAGCUCUUUUCCUUUUCAUAUUUCUUUUUAAAUCCUUUUCCUUUGUUGGGGAGAUCAUGUG